CGCCACAGGCAGCUCCUCAGGCCCCCCCACCCGCACCCCCCCAACAAGCCCCACCUCAUGGAUGGAAGGGAGGCACCUGGGCCGCCGUGGCCUCGGCACCCGGUCCUGCCCAAGGAAACUUCCAGGUCAUCGAGAGGAAAAAGAAGUCCGCAAAGCCAAAAGCGGACCCCCUCUUCAAACCAGAGUACACCAAAAUCAACAGGGAGAUCAUUGUUGAAACUACUGCCCCAUCCGACGUUAACCCCUCCGAGAUCAGGACCCUUGUCAAUGCAAGAAUCCAAGACGAGUCCUGCCAUUUCAUCUCGGCAAGAAGAACACCCAAGGACAACUUCAUCCUGGAAACAAAAUUCGUUACCCCUGCAACAAAGGCAAUGGAAUAUGCCAAAGAAAUUGAGGAGGCUCUCCUCACCCUACAGGUACCGGUCGCUGUCAUCCGCGCAAACUCUAAAUGGUCAAAGUUUCUCCUCCAUGGAAUCCCCACAACGGUCGGGGAGGGCAUUGAGGCGGGACAAUUAGUAGCAUCAGAAAUCAGAAGCAAUUAUGGGGAGAACUUCCAACUUGCCCAGGUUCCCCGCUGGAUAUCCAGGGCAGAAACUCGAAUGGAGAAAACCCACUCAUCAAUGGUCAUCGCGCUGCCAGGACAAAUUACAAUAGAAACACUAGGAGUUAAAUUCCUAUCUCUCUUCAACCGAAGCUGCCAUAUCGAGGCCUUCCUCCCAACCUUCCCGGAUACCCAGUGUGCGAAGUGCCUCGAAUACGGCCACCGCCAGGAGAAAUGUAAGAACAAUGGGAAAUGCGGCCACUGCGCCGGAGAUCACCUCACCAGUUUCCACCCAUGCAAUCAAUGCCAGGGAGGAUAUAGAUGUACCCACACCCCAAUCAGAUGUCUGAACUGCAAAGGAAUCCAUAAGGCCUCCGAGCCGGCAUGCCCUGAAAGAGUCUAA